GGAUGAACAAAAAGUCCCAAGACAAGGACAACACUUAUAAGCAAGGAAGGUAACACAGCAACGAGCAGACAGAUGGACAGACUGGAUACUGUGAAAAGCAAUCGCAGGAAGCAGACUGUUGGGGGAUGUGCGCAUGUUUGAUAGCAUCUUUUUUGCUGAAGUGAUGGCGUGCAAAAACUAUUUUAUGUGGGUAUAAUCCUCGCACCAUAAAUGGCCUGACCAAGGAAGUGAGCUAUUUGCAGACAAUUACUCAACAUGAGCAAAAGAAAAUGAAUACCAAAGAAUAGCAGUGGAUUAAAAAACGAUCGGAAAAGCUUUUUGCUUGGCCAUUGUCUCAUAUCCCAUCAUUGGAUUCUUACAACAUGCUUCAGUGGAGAAGACGACACUGCUGCUUUGCAAAGAUGACCUGGAAUACCAAAAGGUCUCUGUUUCGCACCCAUCUCAUUGGCCUGAUCUCUCUUGUAUUUCUUUUUGCUAUGUUUCUGUUCUUUAAUCAUCAUGACUGGCUACCAGGCAGGGCUGGGUUCAAAGAAAAUCCCAUGGCUUACACUAUACGAGGAUUUAGAUCUACAAAAAGCGAGACAAACCACAGCUCUAUAAGGAACAUGUGGAAAGACACCAUACCUCAGACGCUCAGGCCUCAAACUGUCACCAACUCCAACGACACGGAUCUGUCACCACAAGGAGUAACUGGUUUGGAAAAUACCCUCAGUGCCAACGGAAGUAUUUACAACAAGAAAGGUACUGGGCAUCCGACUUCAUAUCAUUUCAAAUACAUCAUCAAUGAGCCUGAGAAGUGCCAGGAGAAGACCCCUUUUCUAAUAUUGCUCAUAGCUGCAGAGCCAGGCCAGGUAGAAGCUAGACAAGCUAUUCGACAAACCUGGGGUAACGAAAGCCUGACACCUGGCAUCCAGAUUGUUCGUAUUUUUUUGCUGGGGUUAAGCAUCAAGAUAAAUGGAUACCUCCAGCGUACCAUACUAGAGGAAAGCAGACAGUACCAUGACAUCAUUCAACAAGAGUACUUAGAUACCUACUAUAAUUUAACCAUUAAAACUCUGAUGGGAAUGAACUGGGUUGCAUCUUACUGUCCACAUGUUCCGUAUGUUAUGAAAACUGACAGUGAUAUGUUUGUCAAUACUGAAUAUUUAAUACACAAGCUUCUGAAACCAGAACUUCCUCCAAGGCACAAGUAUUUUACAGGUUAUUUAAUGAGAGGUUAUGCACCUAACAGGAACAAGGAUAGUAAGUGGUAUAUGCCACCUGAUUUGUAUCCAAGUGAACGUUAUCCUGUAUUCUGCUCCGGAACUGGUUAUGUUUUUUCUGGAGAUUUAGCAGAAAAAAUCUUUAAAGUCUCCUUAAGCAUCAGACGUUUACAUUUAGAGGAUGUAUAUGUGGGGAUCUGUCUUGCCAAGCUGCGAAUUGAUCCUAUGCCUCCGCCCAAUGAGUUUGUCUUCAAUCACUGGCGAGUUUCUUACUCCAGCUGUAAAUAUAGCCACCUAAUUACCUCCCAUCAGUUCCAACCUAGCGAACUGAUCAAAUACUGGAACCACUUACAACAAAAUAAGCACAAUGCCUGUGCCAAUGCAGCAAAAGAAAAAGCAGGCAAGUAUCGCCAUCGUAAACUGCACUAGAAGGACAACACUCCCUCUGUCAAAUGUACUCCAUGUGCAAUUUGUAAAUACUGCUGAACGCAUGUACAGUGAAAAUGGAUGAGCUUAAUGGGACAGCCUUUAGUUGAUCCCCAUCACAUAGUGGAGUCUGAAAAUUA